AUGAUCUUGCUCUUCAUCACACUUUUUGGUCUUGUUCAGUCUGUGCUUGGCGAUUGUGAAACAGGAUGGAGGGAGUACGAAUACAGGUGUUACUUUUUCUCCACCGAUAAAAAGACAUGGCAUGAUGCUCUGGUCGAUUGUGAGAACAAAGGAGGCCAUCUGAUGAGCAUCACGAACCUUCAUGAAAGGACGUGGGUCAGUACACAGCUGGGCCAUGAUAUGUACUGGAUCGGCCUGAACGAUAUCGUCUCUGAGGGGAACUGGGAGUGGAGCGAUGACAGUGUUUAUUACCCCUAUUUGGAGUAUUGGAGGCCAGGACAGCCAGAUAACUUUAACAACGAGGACUGUGGACAAGUGGACGGGAACAGCAAUGGCCGCUGGAAAGACGAGCACUGCACAAUCCCUCAGCAGUACAUCUGCAAACGAGACAACCCAAACCCUCCUGUGUUGUGUGACACGGCAAAUCAGUGGGAACAGUUUGGUUCUAACUGUUACAAAGUUCACCACACACUGAGGAAGAGCUGGACCUCUGCUCGGAGUGAGUGUUUGAAGGAGGGCGCUGACUUGGUGUCUGUUGAAUCAGCAGAAGAGGAGCAGUACAUCUUAGGUCUGGACCUGUCCUAUUACGACCUGUGGCUCGGCUAUUCCACCCUGAAAUGCACCUCGAUAUCCUGUCAAGUUCAGCCAGACAGCACCGAGUUCAGCUGGUCUGAUGCAGCUACCUCCGCCUACACACACUGGGCUCCCGAGCAGCCUGAUCUCGCCGAUAAGGCGCACGGCCUGUGCACUGGUCUCAUCAAGUCAGGAGAGCAUCACGGGAAGUGGAGGACUCACCUGUGUCGCUCUGAACAUCCAUACGCAUGCAAGAGGGCCUUAAACACCAUUUGUCCGCUCGGCUGGAUAAGCUUUAAAGGAAGCUGUUACUUGGUGGUGACCAACAGCCAUCUGCUGACCAGCUGGCACGAGGCGCUGACCAGAUGCAGCAGCAUGGGCGCUAACCUUCUGACCAUCAAAAAUGAGGAGGAACAAUACUUCGUCAACGCUAUGCUUCCUGACAUCCACCAGAUCGACAUUCCCGACGUGUGGAUCGGAAUUUCAGAUAUGGAAAAGGACGGCACAUUCAAAUGGGUGGACAAAGAGGAUAUCGAGUUUUCCAACUGGAGCCCUAAUUUCCCAAGGAACACGGAUCAUUUCUGGGACUGUGGACAGAUUUACACAGGGAAUUACGCUGGGAAAUGGGAGACAGCAAACUGCUUUAAGGUCCAGGCGUACAUCUGUAAGAUGUUGGGGGGUCAGAAUGUGAAACCUACGGCUGCUCCGGAAUUUCACUGUGGUCAGGGAUAUCUUCUCUACGGGGAUUACUGCUAUCACUUCGAGAGUGAAUCGGUUAAAUCGUGGCAGGACGCUGAAAACUAUUGCUCCUCCCAGAACGGACACCUGGCCAGCAUCCACAACCAGGAGACAGUCAGCUUCAUAACAGCUCACAUUACCAGAGCUUCCUGGAUUGGACUUAAUGACCACCAACAUGAGGGAAACUUUGUAUGGUCUGAUGGAACGUCAUCCGACUUCUUGCCGUGGGGCGAGGGUCAGCCGGAUGACUGGAAUGAUGACGAGGACUGCGUACAAAUCCGCGGCACGGAGCACAUUGAGACGGGAAAAUUCAAUGAUAUGCCAUGCUCUCUCACUUACCCGUUCAUCUGCCAGAAAGAUAAAGGUGCUGGUCCUCCACCGCCUCCACCCACCACUGGACCAGGUUGGAAUGAGAAGUGUGGUUCAUGGAUUUCUGACCCCUUUAAUGAUUACUGCUACCACAUUAUUCCAUUCUCCAUGCGUAAGUGGGAUGAAGCUCGUGCUGACUGUGUGCAUCAGGGAGGCGACCUUGCCAGCAUCACUGAACUCUUUGAGCAGAGUUUCCUUCAGGCUCAUAUCCAAUCAAUUCCCACGGGCGUGUCUCUGUGGAUCGGAGGUCAUGACUCGGUCACAGAGGGAGGAUGGGAGUGGAUGGACAGAUCUCCCUUCCGUUUUAUUAACUGGGCUCCAGGGAACCCAGAUGAUCUGUACGGUGAGGACUGCCUCUCCAUCUACAUCGACGACGGCCUCUGGAACGAUGACAACUGUGAUCAUCGCCGAGGCUACAUCUGCAAACGCCGUGGAAAUACACCCGAACCUCCGCCUCCUCAUGACGGUUACCUGACAGCAUAUACAUGUGAAGGCUCCUCCAUGGUGCUCCACUGUCCACUAAACAGCGUCAUUGAUAUCCAUGCUGCUUUCUACGGCUGCUGCAGUGAAAAAAUCUGUCCCUACACAGACGGGAACCAAGGUGAGCAGUUCAAACAUUGCGAGGUCCCAGGGAUGUACGAACGUGUCCGGAAACAGUGUGACAAUCAUCAGUACUGUUUCCUCUCCACACACAUAGAUAACGACCCAUGUGCUACAACUCCGAAAUACUUGGAGGUGGUGUACAGCUGUGAGCAGAACGUGUGUGUGAGAGGUCUAGGAAUUGAAGAUGGCAACAUUACAAACUCGAUGCUUUCUGCUUCCUCGUCGAUGUCCGGAAAAGAGCCUGCAAACGCUCGACUCAAUGGCGCCUCCUGCUGGAUGCCCUCUAGCACAGGUAAUUCCUGGAUCCAGGUGAGCCUGCCUAUGGUGAAGAAGAUCACGGGGGUGGUGAUCCAGGCCUGCCCUAAUGCCGAAAACUGGGUGACCAAGUUUAAAAUCCAGAUCAGCAAGGACGGAGUUGCCUGGACCGACUACACAGUGGACGGAAAGUUCUUUGGUGCAAUGGAUGAAAAUUCUCCCAUUACUCAGCUGCUCGGGAGCCCUGUUUCUGUGAAGUACAUAAGAAUCCUUCCAUUAGAGUGGCACAACCAGGCUGGUCUGCGAUUCGAAAUCCUCGGCUGCACGCCGGACUAUGCCAUUAAUUGUGGAACAGUACCCAACUUGGACCAUUCCAUAGACAAACUAAUUGUCCAUUGCCCUGCUGGUUGUGCGGAAAAUCAAUACAGUGUGUAUGGAACCAUGAUGUACCGAGGGGACUCUACGAUCUGCGCAGCUGCGAUUCAUGCUGGUGUGAUUCUCAAUGAGUUUGGAGGAGACUGCACUGUCCUAAAAGCUCCAGGACAGGACUUUUACCCCGGCUCUACCAGGAACGGCAUCACCUCCAAGCAAUACAGUGGUGCUUACUCCGUAUCCUACCAGUUUGCUGAUGGAGAACUCAGAUGUUCUGGAAACGACUGGCACGAAUUUGGUGAGUUCUGCUACAAACCCUUCACGGAGAAGAAGACAUGGCACGAAGCUCAGACUGAAUGCAGGAAGCACGGUGCCGACCUCGUCUCCAUCAUGUCCCUGACGGAGCAGAGCUGGCUGGAGAGCUACCUCUACCUGGCCACCAGUGACGUCUGGACUGGACUGAAUGAUCUGGAAUAUCCAGGUUACUUCAUGUGGUCAGACAAGCACAAUGUGAAGUUCACGUACUGGGCUCCUGGAGAACCCAACAACCACCUGGGCUUUCAUGAGGACUGCGUGGAGAUGUACCAUCAGUCAGGUCGAUGGAAUGACGCAAGCUGCAAUGAAUUGAACAACUACAUCUGUAAAAUGCCUAAAGGACAUUACCCUCUGCCCCCCAUUAAACCCACUGUGUACGGCUGCCUUGAGGGCUGGAAUGCGUAUGAGUACUCUUGUUACUGGUUUGAGGAGACGGCCAUGACCCGUGCUGAGGCCAAGGCUUUUUGUGAGAGUAAAAGCAGCACUCUCCUUCACAUAAUGGAUGUGUACGAGCAGGCCCACUUCAUCGCAUUUCUCAGCAGUCACUCGGGUAACUGGUGGAUAGGUCUGAGAGCGCAGGGCGAUGCAGGAGGAGUGGAUUAUCAGUGGGAUAAUGAAGAUGCGCUUCUCUACACCCACUGGGACAGAGACUAUCCUGAUGACAGCAAAGGAGACUGUGUCACCAUGACGACAAAACCUAUCGCAGGUUUCUGGAGAAAUCAGAACUGUGAUGAUUCCCAUCCGUUCAUCUGCGAGUCACCUAGAGACGGCAUCUCCCCACCCACUCCGCCCCCGACUCCGCCCCCUGUCGCUGGGUGUGCUGAUGGCUGGUCUGGCAAGCCUCAUUUCAGGCAGUGCUAUAGGCUCUUUACAGUGGAUUAUUCACUCAAGAAAAGCUGGACUGCAGCUCAAGAGGACUGUCUGUCCCGUGGAGCCAAACUCGUCAGCAUCCAUUACAUGUACGAAGAGAACUUCUUAGCUGAGUAUACCAAAGGGAAGUCGCAGUGGAUCGGUUUGAAGCAAGACCCCACGGGUGGAGGUUAUCACUGGAUCGAUGGUUCUCCUGUCACUCACACUAACUGGGGUGUUGGUCAGCCGGACAACCACGGAGGGCGGGAGAAUUGUGUGGAACUGGUUACCAUGACGAACGGCACAUCUUUCUGGAAUGACCUCAACUGUGAUGCCCAUCUGGAUUGGGUGUGCAUGAUCGCUAAGGGGAAGACACCCAUCAUCCCCACAGAGCCUCCUCCACCGCCACCAGCCCCUGAGUGUGGAGACAACCCCGGCUGGAGGAAGCACAACGGCAUUUGUUAUUACUACAACGACACGGACAUAGUGGACUUCCACACAGCUUUGUCCAGGUGCCACGACGAGGACGCGCUGCCCGUCUCCAUCCUGGACCAGGAGGAGCAGACGUUUGUGGUGUCCAUAGUUGGAACAGGAAAUAUUGCUGCAGCGUGGCUCGGGUUGCGGAUAUCUGGAGUCGUAGAAAGAGAGUACUGGUGGGUGGACGAGUCUCCGGUGACGUAUGUGUACUGGGCUUCAGGAGAGCCCAGUAAUUCUGACGGAGAGGAAUAUUGCGUGCAGAUGCACAGAACUCCAGGCACAUGGAACGAUGUGAACUGCGGCCGGGCCGUCGCAGGCUAUAUGUGUAAGAAACUGCCCGGACAUCAUCAUACUCCCCCGCCUCCUACCCCUGCGUGGGAAGGGAAUUGCCCUGAGGGGUGGCUACGUUUCCAUAACAAGUGCUACCUUAUCAGAGGGAAGAAUGAGGAAAGAGCCAACUGGACUUCUGCACGAGAAUGGUGCAAAGAAAAGGAAGGAUACCUCGCGGUCAUCGACGACAUCAACGAGAACGAUUUCGUGGCUAGUUAUCUCAGAGACGUAGGCCAUGCGGUGUGGAUCGGUCUGUCUGAUCGGCUUCACGAGGGGAAGUUUGCUUGGAAUGAUGGAGUGAGCCCUGUCUUGUUCACCAACUGGGCUGAUAAAGAACCCAACAACAACAACAAUGAGGAGCACUGUGUGUCCAUGACUCAUAACGACUUAGUGACGGGUCGCUGGAACGACGAAAAUUGCGAUGAGAAAAGAGGUUGGGUGUGCUACAAGAAGAAAUCGAGCAGUCUUUCUCCUCCUCCUCCCACGAGCAGCCCGUGUCGCUCAGACUACGUCUCCUGGUACAAGAACUGCUAUAAACUUGUGUCGGAGCCGAAGCCGUGGGAGGAGGCGCAGGCCGCUUGCGUGAAGGAAGGAGGAAACCUGGCCAGCAUAGAUAUGAGCUAUGACCAGGCCUUCAUCUCAGCAGUGCUGCAGCAGAAUAACGAGGACACAUGGAUCGGCCUCAGACGCAAAGAUGACGGAGUGUACCAGUGGUCCAACGGCUGGCCGGUGUUCUACACGCACUGGGGUCGAGGAGAGCCGACCAAUCACAAAGAAGAGGGCUGUGUGAGCAUGCACGGCCGUUCGCACUUCAUCCAGGGCACGUGGAAUGACACGGAUUGCAAAGUCGCUAAGCCGUACCUCUGCAAGAUCUCAUACGAGCCGCCUCCUCCGACCCCGCCCCCAGGGGAUGGCGAGUGUUUGCCAUACUGGCAGCCAUACGGAAGUUACUGCUACCUCAUUAACAAGAAGGAGGGCCACUCCUGGCCCGAGGCGCGACACUACUGCCAGCAUGUCACCGGGAGCGACUUGGCGUCAGUGCACAGCAGAGCGGAGGUGGAGUUCCUCAGGAGCACCAACAACACCGGAAACCACGUCUUAUGGAUCGGCCUCACCAAGCACGCCUCACAUGGCUGGGCGUGGACUGACCUGAGCGCUCUGGGAUUCACCAACUGGGCUCAGGGUCAGCCGGACGGCGGCGGGCACGACGGGGCUCGAGAGGACUGUGUGGAAAUGCUCAAGGAGGGCAAGUGGCGCGACAACAGUUGCUUUGAGAAGAGAGGCUUCGUCUGCAAACGGCAGCAGGAUUAUUCUACAGGUCACACAACUACAGCCUCUCCAAUCCCUCCUCAUGCAGGUGUGCUCACGGGGGCUAUAAUCGGAGCCCUGUUGGCUGUGGGAAUCAUUCUGGCCAUAUUGUACUACCUCUUCAGGGUGAAGCGAGUGAAGUUGAGCAGCAUCAGUCUCCCACACAGCACCAGCACAGAUCACGUCACUGUGCCCACAUUCAGCAACCCGAACUUUGGCGGCGAAUCAGACACCUGAAGUUGUGAAGUGGGCGUGGCUAAAAGUUG